AUGUCAUACUAUCAGAGUAAUUAUCCUGGACAGACUGUUAAUUAUUACGGACAAGGUGCUGGAUAUCAAGAACAUAACUAUGAUAACAGUGCCUAUAAUGUGAACCAAUAUGGCCAACAACCUCAGUAUGGAGGUGGAUACAGCUAUGUUGCUGGUCAGAAUCAGUCAGGUGCUGUACCAGGUUUUACUGUACCAGCAGUUCAACAAUUUGCACAGAUGAACCAAGGACUACAGGCACCACCACCAAUGCAAAUGCCAACAACUGGAACCAUAAAUCAUUAUGAUAAUCAUCUGAUGCAGUUUCAGAUGCAACAACAACAGAUGCUGCAGAUGCAGCAAAUGCAAAUGAUGCAAACACAAAUGAUGAUGAUGAAUCAAUCUAAUAGAAGCAAUAAUGACAGUGGUAAUGAUGAUAAUGAUGGUGGCAAUCAACAACAAUCAACAACACCCAGUAUUUCUGAAGAAGAAAUAAGAGAACAAGUAAGAAUCAAAAUGAAGGAAUCAUUUGUCAAUGAAUUG